AGCACACGGGUAAUCUUAUCAGGCCGCAUCCUCUGCGGCUGAGCGACUGGAGAUUUUGCACGUGAAAGCUUCUCCGCCCGUUUCGCUUCGCUCCGAGCGGUCUAGAACAUGGGCGAUGCAACGGUCGCAGUAACCCUAUGUUUCAUUUCUUGCAAUAUAUCAUGCAUCGGCCAUUAGUUGCUCCACAGGACGAAGCUGAAGAGACAGCGAGGCUUUAGUAUAUCUGUUGGUAUAGGUCAUUUCAUCUAAAUUACCCCGGUGUGUAUGGUGCAACAAGAAAUAACAAAGCAUCAAAGCCUUCUAUCUCGAAAACGAAUCACGCGAUGGACUUGUCGAGCUUGCACGGAGGCCCUCGCAACGCCUAUUCACGUUACUCUCCUGACAGCGAGUCUUACCUUUCACCCAGAGCACCAGACUUGUACUUUGCAGACUCUUACGCAUAUGCCUCUGAUUACUUCAGGGGCACCUUCUUCGAUAACAACCCACACUCCUAUCCGGUGAUGAAAUCGCUGGAUGUAGUCGGUCCCUGGGACAGUCCAUCACCUAGCACAUUUCCUGGUAUAAGUUCAAUAACCAACUCCGCAUUCGCAGUGAGCGAUAGCCAUCUGAAAACAUGGCCAAACUUCAACUCUGGGGAUCUAGCAUACGGAAGAUAUGCUCACGAUGCUGAGACAACCGAAACUCAUCACAUCGCCGACUCGAUACACACCUGCAGCAGCAGUCCCUCAUCUCCAGCCAUCUCGCCCCAGAUAGCAAGGCAAUCACGUCUUCCCUCACCUUCAGCCUGUCCUCGAACCUUUAUACACGUCAGAUCCGAGCCUACAAGACGCAAGCGGGGCCGCCCCCGCCUUCCACCUACAGCCUCCAAGGUCUCAGCAAGCAUCGUUGCAAAGAAAGUCAAGCGGCCGCAAUGCAUACCACAUACCGAAGUCGAACGCAAGUAUAGGGAGAAGCUUAACACGGAGUUGGAGCGGCUACGUCGAGCUGUUCCAUCCUUGCUUCGAGCCGAUUCGGACAAUGUGAUGGGCGGCGCGAGGAUAAGCAAGAGCGCAGUACUGGCAGUGGCAAUUGAUUACAUCAAGGACUUGGAGGCGCAGAGGGACAGUGCCUUGGAUGAAGUGAAAAGACUCGGUGGGGAGGUGCGAUUUGGAAAUAACUAAUACGAUUCAUUGCAGUAUUGUUUUGUUUAGAAAACGUGGCCGUGUCUCAUGUUGGGUUUCCGUAUUCAGUAUCGAGAUGGUUGUUGUAACCACUGGGUAUGUAUACUUGCCU